GAGCCGCAGAGAGAAUUCAACAUGGCCGACCGGAGCUGAUGGACGGCGAAAGUUAGCGAUGAGCGUCGGUAAAAACCUGCAAAACUCCGUGUGUUUGAUGUAGAUAUUUCAACUUUGACGCGCACCGAAACGUUAUUUUUAUAUCUUGAUACGUCCCACACAUGAACUGGAGGUUAAAGUUGAGUUUGUUCGUCUCUAAGGGCCUUAAACCGGGCGUUAGCCACGUUAGCAGCGCCUGCUUUUGUUUUUGCCCGGAGGAACGUUUCUGCGCCAGAGGGCUUGUAUUGUGGAGCCUUUUGCUUGUUUUUUAUUAACUUCCCCUUAAUUCUGUAAAAAAAACAAACAACAAAAAAAACCAAAACGCUUCUGUAAAGUGAAGAAUAACUCCAGGGCUUUUCUUAUUGUACUGCGGGUGGGGUUCAGCCGGACUCUUAUCAGGCCAACUCCUCAACAAAGCCAUACUUAUUAUUAAACGGACAAAUACUCGCUUAAAGCCGCCGGACUGUUUUUUGAUUUACGCCACCGGGAACUAUGGAUUCUAAACGCGCACACGGCAAACCUCAGUCGAGCGGCGGCAACAGCGGCGACUCCAGCCCCGCGUCCCCCUCCGGCAGCCCCGCACAGCCUUCUAGCGCCGCCCCGCUGCCGGGGGGCAACGCGUUCGCCAACGACGGCAGCUUCAUGGAGAUGUUCAAGAAGAAGAUGGAGGAGGAGAGGAGGAAAAAGGAGACGCUGCAGCAAACAGGUGGAGAUGCCAGAGCUGCUGCUGCCGAGCACGGACAGAGCCCAGUGGAAAAGAAGGCCCCUCCCGUGACGAGCUUUGUGGGGAAGCGCAGAGGCGGUGUGUUCCUAAAGACCGGCAUUGUUGCGAAGAAGCAGAAACAGGACUCAGAAGCUGAGCCAGGCAGGAGCGAUGCUUGGUCAAAGUACAUGGCUGAGGUGAAAAAGUACAAAGCCCACCAGUGUGGCGACGACGAUAAAACCAGGCCUCUGGUCAAGUAGGCUCCAAAAGGGGAACAUGAAGCAACUGUGCUAUGAGGAGAAACCGCCUGGGAGAAGCUCCAGCCAAUCCCGUCCUCCUCAUACUGCCAGUUCAAGUUAUCCUUCACUUUUAAGUCUCUCACAAACUGCUUACCCUUCUCCUUUUUUUUUUAAUUGUUGUUUUUUUUGUCCUACUUAUUUGUUGGACUCUGGUAAUUCGAUCCGGUUUCACAAGGUGUUUCAUAAACUUGACAUUGAUUGUUGA